GAUGAGAUCUUGGCAAGGGUGGCAAUCGGAGAAAUUAGCGCACUCCAAUUUCUGAUCUGGCAGCCAAAUACCAAAAGAUAUGGCUGCUAGUGGCACUUUGGGUUUUGAUCUGCACGGGAAUCAUGCUACUCACAUUGGUAGAUGGGCUCUAGUGGGUAAUGAUGGGCACAUGAUUGGAAGUAGUCGGUGGAAAUUGGGGAGGCUUGUGUUUGUUUGGAGACUUGGCAAAGAGGAACAUAAGGCCAUUGGUGAAGCUGAUUCUGUUUUGAAAGGGGCUCUAGUUCCCUUCCACAGUUUGGGCAGUAAGGGAUUGAGGAGGAUUAGUAAAGUGGAGACACAGGCUUAUGCUGAAGGGGUUCUUACCCCUCUUCCUGAUGGGUAAUUUUGUGAUAAGGUGACAACAUGCAAGUUGGGGACUGUUGUUGUCAGAAUCCUUGCUCUCCCCAUGAAGCUGGUUAAAUAGGUGAGAAAGUCCAGUUAGCUUUGAUGCUCAUAAUGACUCUCUUUUAUACAUUUGUAGCCUUAUUUAACCCAUACAACAAUUGCAUUCGCAAUCUCUAGUUGC